AUGGCUCCUGGUAAGAAGUCAGGGAAAUCUGUAAAGGCAAUUCAAGAGGAGAAGGUGCUUUCUUACAAAUUUCAAGAAAUAGAACAAAAAACCCUUACUGGAUCAGAAGAAGAAGAAGAUACAACAGAAGAAAAGACUCCAGGUUUUGAGAAACAAGGAAAAAAACGUCCUGCAUCUGCUACAGAUCAAGAAAUAGAUGCAGAUCAUAUGGGUGGUGAAGUACAAAACAUGUUGGAAAGAUUUGGAGCGGAUAUUAGUAAAGCACUUUUAGCAAAGCGAAAGAGGCUAGAGAUGUAUACAAAGGCUUCACUGAAGACCAGCAACCAAAGAAUUGAACAUGUUUGGAAAACACAGCAAGAGCAAAGGCAGAAGUUGAGCAGUGAAUAUUCUCAGCAGUUUCAGGCAUUAUUUGAACAGUGGGAAGCUGAUGUACAUAAAUCAGAGGAGCAAGAAGAAAAGCUAACUAAUAUGUUCCGCCAACAGCAAAAACUUUUUCAGCAGGCCAGAGUAGUGCAGAACCAUAGACUGAAAACAAUCAAGCAACUGUAUGAACAAUUCUUAAAGAACAUGCAUGAUCUGGAAAAGAACCAAGCAAACCUUCUAUCCGGUGCUCAAAAUGAGCUCAGAAAGGAAAUGGCUAUGUUACAGAAGAAAAUUCUUAUGGACACUCAACAGCAAGAGAUGGCAAGUGUUCGAAAGUCUCUUCAGUCAAUGUUAUUCUGAUGGCUCCCUGAAGGAAUAACGUGUACCUAUUUAAACAUAUAAUUAAAGGAUUAUCCACCAAAAAGAACAAGCCCCAUUACCACUUCUGAUUUUACAAAGUUAAAUUAAGUUUGGUUUAUUUUCACAGCUAAAGAAACAUGAAAUGUUAAUGUGUAAAACCGUUUUGCUUUGUUUUUGUGUAAAGGUAGU